AUGACUACUGUAUUAGUGAGUUACUUCACUAGUCUAAUUGGUUCUGCUGACCCAUUAGUUAGUGGUUGCACUGUUGAAAGUUUAAAGGGGUUGCUGAACUAUUCUUUGCCUGCAGCUGAUCUACUCAAAAAGGAGGUGGAAGACAUGGAGAUCAAAAGCGCCUUGUUUAGACAAGGGAAGGAUAAAAGUUCUGGCCCUGAUGGAUAUACCUCUGUUUUUUUCAAAGCUGCCUGGGACAUUGUUGGGGCUGAUUUUAUGUCUGCUGCCAGGCUUGUUCCUUUUUUCCCUGCUAUGAUCUCUCAAAGUCAAAAAGCAUUUGUUAAGGGUAGGAAUAUUGUUGAUAAUACAUUGCUAGCCCAAGAGAUUGUUAAAGGCUACUCCAGGAAAAGCCUUUCUCCUAGAUGUGCUAUCAAAAUUGAUAUGCAAAAGGCUUUUGAUUCUGGUGAAAAAGGGAUUAGACAGGGAGAUCCAUUGUCUCCCUAUCUCUUUGUCAUGGCUAUGAAUGUCAUGUCUUCCCUCCUGGAUACUGCUGCUAAGAAGGGUAUUUUUAAAUUCCACCCUAAGUGCAAGAGAAUAUCCCUCGCCCACCUAUGCUUUGCGGAUGAUUUGUUAGUUUUUUGCUAUGGUUCACUUGAUGCUGUAUUGGGAGUGCAAAGUAACUUAGAGAAGUUUUAUGAGUUGUCAGGACUUAAGCUAAAUGCCCAGAAGAUUGAAUUCUUUGCUUGUGGUUUGAAUGAACACACUGUUGAGAAGAUCUGUAGGGCUACUGGGUUUCGGUUGGGACAACUCCCUGUUAGUUACCUUGGGGUACCUUUGGUGACGAGAAAGCUAAUUGGUAAUAACUGUGCUGUCUUCAUGUUUAACUACUGGAGUAGACAACUCAUUCUUCCCAAGGGGAUUAUUAGGGACAUUGAGAGAUUAUGCAUGUGCUUCUUUUGGAAGGGCAGUGACUCCUCUGCUAGAGGUGCCCGUGUUAGAUGGGGUCAGAUUUGUACCUUGAAGUUUGAAGGUGGUCUGGGGCUUAAGAGCCUUGUGGAAUGGAGCAGGGCCUGUUACUUGCUGAUGGUCAGGAAUAUUCUGGCUAAUGAGGGCUCUCUCUGGAUUGUAUGGAUCAAGGAGUAUUGUUUUACAUCUACGAGUUACUGGGAGGUAGUGUACAAACCUCACUUCAGUUGGAUCUUAAGCAAGUUGCUUAUAUUGAAAGAGGAAGCUAGGACUCUGUUUAUCCCUUGUGCAGAUUGGAGCAUUAUAAAUGGAAAAUGGAUCUGGGACAGCAUUCGUAGCAGUAGGGUGAAGAUUGUAUGGCAUAAACUUAUUUGGUUUCCUGCUCACAUUCCCAAAUUUUCGUUAUUUUCUUGGAUGGUCAUCCUUGAUAGGUUGCCUACCAAGGAUAGACUUGCUCGAUUUGGAUUGAUAGUUGAUCAUGCAUGUGGGUUGUGUGGGACUGGUUUGGAGUCUCGGGACCAUCUUUUUGUUGACUGUUCUUAUGCAAAGGAUGUUUGGAAUUCGAUAUUGGUUGCUUGUGGUCUUUCGCAUGUGGUUCACAGUUGA